GAAGGCUGAGCCCAGCAUGGGCAGCCCCCUAGACGCUCUGGGCCCUGCGUGCCUGGAAGACUGCACUGAGGGCGACAUCUCCAGCCCGGCCUCUACGGGCACGCAGGACCCGCUGCUGGGGCUGCUGGACCCCCGGGAGGAUCUGGAGAAGGAGGAGGGCCGGGCUGAGGCCGAGGCCGUGUACGAGACCUGCUGCCGCUGGGAGGCCUGUGCCCGCGACUUCGACACCCAGGAGCAGCUCGUCCACCACAUCAAUAACGAGCACAUCCACGGGGAGAAGAAGGAGUUCGUGUGCCACUGGCUGGCCUGCUCGCGGGAGCGCCGCCCCUUUAAGGCCCAGUACAUGCUUGUGGUGCACAUGCGGCGGCACACGGGGGAGAAGCCCCACAAGUGCACGUUCGAAGGCUGCCACAAGGCCUACUCACGCCUGGAGAACCUCAAGACCCACCUGCGCUCGCACACGGGUGAGAAGCCGUACGUGUGCGAGCACGAGGGCUGCAGCAAGGCCUUCUCCAACGCCUCCGACCGUGCCAAGCACCAGAACCGUACCCACUCCAAUGAGAAGCCAUACGUGUGCAAGCUGCCGGGCUGCACAAAGCGCUACACGGACCCCAGCUCCCUGCGCAAGCACGUCAAGACGGUGCACGGACCCGAUGCCCAUGUCACCAAGAAGCACCGGGGGGACACAGGGCUGGGUCGGGCCGGGGUCCCCCUGGGACCGCCCAUUGAGGCGCUGCCGGAGCGGGACGGGGGCCGACGUGAUGAGGCCAAGCGGCUGCCCCCCGACGCCACCUUGAAGCCGCAGCCCAGCCCUGGGGGGCAGUCGUCGUGCAGCAGUGAGCGGUCGCCACUGGGCACGGACAGCGGCGUGGAGAUGAAUGCGCCGCCCGGGGGCAGCUGCGAGGACCUGUCGGCGCUGGACGAGGCGGUGCCAGAGCCCAUGGGCGCCUCGGGGCUGGCAGCACUGCGCCGCCUGGAGAGCCUGCGCCUGGAUCAGCUGCAUCAGCUGCGCCGCCCCCCACCUGCUCGCGCCCCCACGCUGCCUGCGCUUCCCGCACCCCCCGGGGAGAUGCCAGGGCUGUGUGGCCCCCUGCCUGGUGCCCCCCACCGCCGCCUCCUGGAGAUGUCAGGUGAUGGAGCCAGUGAGCGCCGGGCCAGCACCACCAGCACGGUGAGCUCGGCCUACACCGUGAGCCGCCGGUCCUCGGCCACCUCCCCCUUCCUGCGUCCAGGCGAAGCCGGGGGGGUCCCGAACGGCAUCGACACUUACGACCCCGUGUCCCCCGAUGCCAGUGGCGAGGCCGGGGGACUGCCGGGGCUGACGCCGGCCCAGCAGUACCGCCUCAAGGCCACCUACGCCGCGGCCACGGGUGGCCCCCCGCCCACCCCGCUGCCAGGCGCGGGCCUGGUGGGGCCCGGCGGCUUCCCUGGCACUUCUCUGCGAAGACACAGCACCAACGAGUACCCGGGCUACGGCUUGGCUCCCGGCACCGGGCCCCGCCGGGCCAGUGAGCCCGCCCAGGCGCCCGGGCAGCUGCCCCCUGCCACCACCCGUGUGCCACGGUACCGGAGCGCAGGCGCUGUCCGGGCCCCCGACGCCAGCCUGACGCCCCCUGGCUUCACCCCCUGCACGCCACGGAUCAGCGAGCAAGUCUUCCUGGAGAGCCUGGGCAUGGAGGGGCUGCUGGAUGCAGAGCCCUUCCUGGGCUACCCUGAGCAAGGCUUCCCCUGCCCGGCUCAGGGCCCUGCCCUGCCCAGCGAGACUCCCUAUGGCACCCCACAUCGGACCGGGGAGGCUGGCCUGGCACCACCCGAAUACUCCCUGCCCUCUUGCCAGCACGUGCGGGGCAGCCUUCCCGCGCCAUGGGACCAGCCUGGGUGCACCAUGGACGUGAGCUCCGGGCCACCGGGCCUGGCUGGGACCAUGGGCCACAGUGCCCCAUACAGCACCUGUGACCCACCCCGGCUGGCGGGCACGUGCCUGGGGGGCAGCUUCGCGGGGGGCCCGCGUUUCCCCCCAGCCCCUGUCAAGGCCGAGCACUUUGCGGCACCCAGCCCAGCCCUGCCACCCUGCCCCACUGCCAAGCUGCCCACGCCCUACGGGCACACCUGCUCCACAGCCAGCGGAGGCUAUGCAGGUGAGGGGGUGCCGGGUGCUCGCCGCCCCACCACGCCCACGCUGCAGGUCAAGGAGAUGAUGGUGCGAAGCUACGUGCAGUCCCAGCAGGCGCUGCUGUGGGGGGAGCAACGGGGGGGCCCCAUGCCAUGCCCACCCCAGCCCGGCCCCCGGUACCCCGGCUACCCCCAUG